CUCCUAGUUAAGUAGCUCUAAGGGGCGUGAGGAUUGCUUGGGAUGGGCUAGGGGUGCUGUUGCUGCUUGUAAGUGCAGGUUCCUGGACCACCUCAGCCUGAUUCAACUGGUCUAGGAUGAGAACCUCAUAAUCUGAAUUUUAAAUAGUCACUGCCCACAGCCCCACCUGCAUUCUGAUGCCAGCUGAGAAAUUCUGCCCCAACUCUGCUGUCUCUGCAGUGUAGCUUCCUGAACACUUUGUCACGUUUCUGACCAAAUUAGUGCAACCAGUUAGGGAGCCUUUAUAGAGCGUAUUAUUAAUACUUCCAUUCUGUUUGUAAUUUAAUAAAAAACAUGUCUCCCUCUUUCCCAUAGCACCAGUAAAAUAUAAUAAGCAUACCUUUAGUGGAGCAAGGAGCUACAAAACCUGCCCCCACCAAUUAAGGAUGAGGACUUCAGGAUUUAUAACCUCCUUAGAAAUUUUGCAUGUCAAAGGAUUCCUUAAUGGUAGGAAUAGUUGAAGAAAGAUAACAGCAUCUCCUGAUCCAACACUUUUAUUUCAGUGUGGUGAUUGUCCAUACUAGCAGAGAUUCCUUUUCUUUGGUCUGCAGACAUGGUGGAGGCAGCCAGGGGGCCAUGGACAUUUGUACACUGUUGGUAUCGUUUGGAGCCUCAGAAGAAUGGGUUUUCUCUACCCAGAAGUACUGCUCUUCACAAAUGUAGAUACUGUUGUGAUGAAUAAAAUACUAAUAUAUCUUUAAACACUUUAUAAAAAUUCUUGUAGCUUUUUUGGUCAAGAUAUAUGGUUUUAAUCAGCAGCUAUUAAUUUUAAUCAGCAGAUACCAUAGUUGUCGUGUAAAUACUCUUCAUUCACUAGGUGAAGAUCAUUCACAUAGGAGACCAACUAUUGUAAAUCGUUCAUUCAUUCAGCAAAUGCCUUCAGUGUUCCAGGCACUAUUCUGUGCUCUAAAACUGAGACUGAAUAUAAACACUCUUGCACAAGAUUUUAUAUGUUUUCUUAUUAAAGAUCCAUAUGGACUAAAACGCUUACCUGAGUUACUUCUUCAUACAAAUGUACCCAGCUGAUUAAGAAAAAUAUGUAAUUAUUCCUCAAAUAAAAAGCCACAAAGUAGAACAUGUAUUCAUAUUUCUUUUCACUUAGUUGAAAUGCUUGCAACUAUACUCUAGUUGUAUUUUGUUCUAGUCAUAUGUUUCUAUGGCAAGCCAUCUGAAAACACAGUAGUGAUUUAUGUAAUUCUGAUUUACUUAAAUUUGAAAUUAGGUGUUCUCUGUCCUUUCUUCUCUUCUGUCUGUGACCCUCAUUCAACCCUCCCCAAUCAGGCAGGAUUAGCUGUCACAGAGCAGGCCACACAGGGUGGUAUAAUGGUGCCAACACUUAGGGAAAUAAUUGAAGUAAAGAGAUGAAUGUUAAUUAAGACGCAUAUUGUCAUGUUCCAAAUCUGCAGAGUUGAAUAGAUCCUCAUAUUAUUUCCAAUGUUCUUUAGUUUAUAUGGGCAUCAGAUGACUGCCAAAACAAAACCCAGUACUUACUAUUGUUCCUACUGAAAGAAAUGCUUUCAAAGACUCUCCUCUAUGGGGUAAACUUUCUACCACCGCAGAUCCUGACUGCUGUGCUUGAGCUUAUUUGGGGCAUGCUAUCUGUGGGCCUAUAGGAAGCAGAGAAGGGAGUUUGAGCAGUGUCAAGAUUUAUGGGGAGGCAGUAAUGAGCCUCUACUGAAUGCUAAUUACAGGAGAGUUGUUCAGGGAGACUGCGCAACAACUGUUGGUUUGUGGUAAAUUAGUCACUAGCUCUAUUGAGAUGGACUGAAAGUUUAGAUCGGGGCUAUAAAGGCACCAAAAUCCUGAUGAUUGACGGCCAAACUUGGUGACAAUUUAGGAAAAUACCCCAAUUGUGCUAAACACAAGUGUUAGGUGACUUUGCAUGAAUCUAAUGAGAUGGGUGCAAUUCUCUAUAAAAGUGAAAGCUUCCAACCACAUUGGGAUUGAAAAGGACAGUGAGCCUGGAUUGGUAAAUGAAUUAUCCGAGCCGUUUUGGCUCUUGGAUCCGAAAAUCUGCCCAAGCUGCCAGUUGUCUGAAAGAAGAGAUUGCUGUGGAAAGAGCCCUAUCCUGAGUCUGAGGGCCUUCUUUCGCCUGUGGAUGAGGCUUUCUGGCUGUCCACACGCAUAAACCUCAACCUUUAUCUAAGGCUGCACAGGGCGGCUUUUCUGAGAAAGGAUACUCUGGCUCCAGAGCAAAACAAGCGCUCCACUUGGAGGCUUUUCUUGACUGCCAGGCAGCUCCUUUCAGUCCCCCAGUUGCUUUCCUCCUUCAUUUCCAUUUCCAGUAACACGAAAAGGAGAGUUAAUGAUUCAUUUGCUCCCAGUGCCCUUUCGAAUAAAGUGGACUGCGAUGUUUCAGCGAGACUCCGGGCUGCCCCCCUCCCUCUUUUACGUCCCCAGUUUGGCUUUAAUAUUUACAGCCUCCUUGCCGGUCUACAUGCCUGAACGCCCGAAGGAAGCAAAACAUUUAUUGCCUCUCCCUCCCCGGUGUUCGGAGCUGUUUCAUCCAGCCUCAUUCCUCCUCUUGACAUCACACGGGGAGCCUUGCCUCCUGGCUGGGGACGCCCCGGAGUGCUUCCUGAGUCUCUGCUGCUUAGCCGGCUGAUUUCCCCAAAACAAAAAGAUGGAUUCUGACUCUGACUCACCUUUUAACUACUCGUGGCCUUCCUUCCCCAAAAUGAAGAUUCGGAGAAGGGCAUCCAAACAAGAUCGCUCCUUUGAUGUCCUCAAAAAAUCCAAGCAUCCGCCAACGUUGCUUGCUACAGGCCGGCUUUCUGACAUGCUGAAUGGAGGGGAUGAAGUCUAUGCUAACUGUAUGGUGAUCGAUCAGGUUGGUGAUUUGGAUAUCAACUAUAUUAAUAUAGAGGGACUCACUGCCAACACCAGCCCUGAAUCCAUGGGUCCUACUCUGGGGCCUCAGAGCUGCAAGCACAUCCUUCCUACUGAAGCCAGACCCGGGGUGUCCCCACUAAGUGAGAACAGCGAAAACAUAGCGAAGAUUGAAUCCCAGCCAUCCUUCAUGUCACCAUCUAGCUCAUGCACUUCCAACUUGAAUCUUUCUUUUGGUCUGCAUGGAUUUGAAAAGGAACAAAGUCAUCUAAAGAAAAGAAGUUCUAGCCUUGAUGCUUUGGAUGCUGACAGUGAAGGGGAAGGGCAUUCUGAGCAGUUACACAGCUGCUACACUCCAGUGUCUCAGAGUUCUUCGAGAACUGGGCUUCCUAGUGGGGAUGAAUUGGAUUCUUUUGAGGCCAACGCGGAACCGGAUUUUAAUAUCUCCAGGGCUGAAUCACUUUCUCUGUCAAGUAAUCUGCAGUCAAAGGAAUCAUUGCUUUCUGGAGUCCGCUCACGUUCCUACUCCUGCUCAUCACCCAAAAUUUCUUUAGGAAAAGCUCAGCUGGUGCGUGAUUUUACAGUGUGCAAUUCAAGUGAAGAGCAAAGAGCUUACAGCUUGCCGGAGCCACCAGGAGAGAAAAGAAUUCAGGAAGAAGAAUGGGAUAAAUACAUCAUACCUGCAAAAUCAGAAUCUGAGAAAUAUAAAGUAAGCAGAACUUUCAGCUUCCUCAUGAACAGGAUGACUAGUCCUCGGAAUAAAUCUAAGACAAAAAGCAAGGAUGCCAAAGACAAAGAGAAACUGAAUCGACAUCAGUUUGUCCCAGGAACAUUCUCUGGGGUUCUCCAGUGUUCGGUUUGUGAUAAAACACUCCUGGGGAAAGAGUCAUUCCAGUGUUCCAACUGUAAUGCAAAUGUACACAAGGGUUGUAAAGAUGCCACCCCUUCGUGUAGCAAGAAAUUCCAGGAGAAAUAUAACAAGAACAAACCACAGACCAUCCUUGGAAAUUCUUCAUUUAGAGACAUCCCACAGCCUGCCCUCUCUCUGCACCCUUCUUCUUCCAUGCCUAUCGGAUUGCCAGCUGGAAGGAAGGAAACUGCAGGGCAGGUCCAUCCCUUGUCCAGAAGUGUUCCGGGCACUACCUUGGAAAGCUUCAGGAGGUCAGUGACAUCCUUGGAGUCUGAGAGUGACAGUAACAACUGCAGAAGCAGGUCUCAUUCGGAUGAGCUGCUACAGUCCGUGGGUUCUUCUCCCUCCACGGAGUCUUUCAUAAUGGAAGAUGUCGUGGAUUCUUCUCUGUGGAGUGACCUCAGCAGUGAUGCCCAGGAGUUUGAAGCAGAAUCUUGGAGUCUUGUGGUGGAUCCCUCAUUUUGUAGUAGGCAGGAGAAGGAUGUCAUCAAAAGACAGGAUGUCAUUUUUGAGCUAAUGCAGACAGAGAUGCAUCACAUCCAGACCCUGUUCAUCAUGUCUGAGAUCUUCAGGAAAGGCAUGAAAGAGGAGCUGCAGCUUGACCACAGCACUGUGGAUAAAAUCUUCCCCUGUUUAGAUGAGUUGCUUGAGAUCCACAGGCAUUUCUUCUACAGCAUGAAGGAGCGAAGACAGGAAUCCUGUGCCGACAAUGACAGGAAUUUUGUGAUCAACCGAAUUGGAGAUAUUCUGGUACAGCAGUUUUCAGAAGAAAAUGCAAGUAAAAUGAAGAAAAUAUAUGGAGAAUUCUGUAGCCACCACAAAGAAGCUGUUAACCUCUUUAAAGAACUCCAGCAAAAUAAAAAGUUUCAGAAUUUUAUUAAGCUCCGAAAUAGUAAUCUUUUGGCUCGGCGCCGAGGAAUUCCAGAGUGCAUUCUGUUGGUCACUCAGCGCAUCACAAAAUACCCUGUCUUGGUGGAAAGGAUAUUGCAGUACACAAAGGAAGGAACUGAAGAACAUAAAGACUUAUGCAAAGCUCUUUGCUUAAUUAAAGACAUGAUUGCAACAGUGGAUUUAAAAGUCAACGAAUAUGAGAAAAACCAAAAAUGGCUUGAGAUCUUAAAUAAGAUCGAGAACAAAACGUACACAAAGCUCAAAAAUGGCCACGUGUUUAGGAAGCAGGCACUGAUAAGUAAAGAAAGGACUCUGUUAUAUGAUGGCCUUGUUUACUGGAAAACUGCCACAGGUCGUUUCAAAGAUAUCCUAGCUCUACUUCUAACUGAUGUGCUGCUCUUUUUACAAGAAAAAGACCAGAAAUACAUCUUUGCAGCCGUCGAUCAGAAGCCAUCGGUUAUUUCCCUUCAGAAGCUUAUUGCUAGAGAAGUUGCUAAUGAGGAGAGAGGAAUGUUUCUGAUCAGUGCUUCAUCUGCUGGUCCCGAGAUGUAUGAAAUUCACACUAACUCCAAGGAGGAACGAAACAACUGGAUGAGACGCAUCCAGCAGGCAGUAGAAAGUUGCCCAGAAGAAGAAGGGGGAAGGACAAGUGAAUCUGAUGAAGAAAGGAAGAAAGCGGAAGCCAGAGUGGCCAAGAUUCAGCAAUGUCAAGAAACACUCACUAACCAAGACCAACAAAUUUGCACGUAUUUGGAGGAGAAGCUGCGUAUCUACGCAGAGCUUGGAGAAUUGAGCGGAUUUGAGGAUGUCCAUCUAGAGCCCCACCUCCUCAUUAAACCCGACCCAGGAGACCCUCCCCAGGCAGCCUCAUUACUGACAGCAGCACUGAAAGAAGCUGAGAGCCUACAAGUUGCAGUGAAGGCCUCACAGAUGAGUGACGUAAGUCAGUCACCCGAGGACGGUUGUGGAGAAUCUGUCCUGACGGACACACACACUUCUCACGAUGUCCCAGGAUCGCCUACUGCUUCACUAGUCACAGAAGGGAGAGAAGGAAGAGGCUGUUGGGAUGUGGAUCCCGGGAUCCAGGGUGUGGUAACCGACUUGGCGGUCUCUGAUGCGGGGGAGAAGGUGGAAUAUAGAAGUUUUCCAGGUUCUUCACAGUCAGAGAUUAUACAAGCUAUACAGAAUCUAACUCGCCUCUUAUAUAGCCUUCAGGCCGCCUUGACCAUUCAGGACAGCCACAUUGAGAUCCACAAGCUGGUCCUGCAGCAGCAGGAGGGCCUGUCCCUCGGCCACCCUCUCCUCCGAGGCAGCCCCUUUCAGGACCAGGAGAAGUCCCGCGACGUGGACAGGCAGCGCGAGGAGCUGGCCAACAUGCACAAGCUCCAGCACCAGCUCCAGCAGGAGCAGCGGCGCUGGCUCCGCAGGUGCGACCAGCAGCAGCGGGCGCAGGCGGCCAAGGAGAGCUGGCUGCAGGAGCGGGAGAGGGAGUGCCAGUCCCAGGAGGAGCUGCUGCUGCGGAGCCGGGGCGAGCUGGACCACCAGCUGCAGGAGUACCAGCACAGCCUGGAGCGGCUGAGGGAGGGCCAGCGGCUGGUGGAGAGGGAGAGGGCGAGCAUGCGGGUGCAGCAGGGCCUGCUGGGCCCCUGGAAGCACAGCCGCCAGAGGAGCCUCCCCGCAGCCUUUCCGCGGGGCAGCAAGGAGGUAAUGGAACUGAAUCAAUCUGAGAGUUUAUGUCACGAAAAUUCAUUCUUCGUCAAUGAAGCUUUAGUACAAAUGUCACUUAAUACGUUCAACAAACCGAAUCCAUCAGGGAUCCAUGAGGAUGCCACUGCUCCCCCAAAUAUGUCCAACUCUGAUCUGGUAAGGACUAGUGAAAAUCAAGUAGACCUCAAGAUGGACGUUUCCCAGCUCUCAGAUGUCAACCAUGAACUGUGGACAGCCACUGGGUCCUGUCAUCAGAUACCUCCUCUCUACGAAAGCAGCAAGGAUUCUUGUAAAAAUGAUUUGGACACCUCCCAGGCUGCUCCCCCAAGCCCCGACGACUCAUAUUCACACCACCCUCAGCUGCAGAAAUUCAUAACAGAAGCAAAGCUAAAUCUACAGACAAUGACCAGACAAGACAGGGAAAUUGGAGAUGGAGCUGAAGAAAAUAUUGUUUACCUCUAAGUGUGUUGUCAUUUUUCCAAACAAAACAAAACACUGGCACUUUUGGGAGAAACUUUUUUAUUUUCCAUUCCUUACAUAUGUGUGAUUGUCUACAUCCAAAUUGCUUUAAGAAUAAUAUUUAAUAUUUCAUGCAAGUUCAUUUAGGGGACAUGAGUCUAAUAAUUAAAUUAUUGAAAGCAACCCUGUUCGUAUAAUCUUUAACUUAUCACACCUAACUUCAGAUUUCUGGAGGACAAACUAACUUGAAUUAGCUGAAGUAUUUUAAAAAGUUGUUUUGACCCUACGAUAAAAUUCCACACUGCAUUUUCUACCGGAUCAUCUGGAUUUCAAAAUGUCUUUUAAGAUUUCAAUGACGCAAUUUGGAUUUACAGAGUGGUAUUCACAUUGGAUGACCUUUCAGGGUCCCAGCAAUUGCUUAUCAAGAGUAGCCUUCCUGCCCAAAAAGGCAGAAGAGGAUGUGGGAAAGGGCUUUUCUUGGCUAGUUUUUAUGUGCUAAUUUCCUCUGGGGUCAUCUCUUACAGUCACCAUUCACCCAAGGUGUCCUGCCUGGGCAUCUGUUGUGCCGCUGGGCCACAGACACAGUCUGGACACACUUAGGACCUGAGCUGUGUGUCCCGCCUCAGCAAGGCAAGUCCAUUGUGAUGUAAAUAGUGAAACUCCAUUAGAGGCCUAGCUUCUGUCAGCUGGCUUGUCCCCACUGGCACCUAGAGCACCAACAACUACCACUCACUGGAAGAAACUCUUCCCUGCAGGUUUUUGAGGACAAAAACUGCUCACUCUUGGUGAAGCUUGCUGCCUGGAUACAUUUUUCUGCAAAGAAAAACUGGUACAUCCUGCCUUCAGAGUGCUAUUGGUCUCUGCAUGAGGAACCAGGAAAUAUUUUCAUCUUGUUCAGAAUUACUUGUACAUGUUUUGGUGUCAAUAAAUAUCUUUUACCUCAUUA